AUGAAGCCAUUUGUGUGAUUUGGGUUAUCUCUUCUUUAGAUUGGGCUAUCCAUAAUGUGUCAUCUAUAUAUGCAAGUACAGAAGCUGAAAUUUGGAGAUGUUGGCUAGUUUUGGGUUAUAGGCUGGUUAACAAUGAG